AGGGGGCAGGCAGGGAAGCCCCUCCUGAACUAGGGGUAAAGCCCCAGGGAGGUCUGGGUGUUGGGCAAGUGGCUCCCUGCUGGCAUGGGAGGGGGUGCUAGGGACCCCGGCUGGAAGAAGGAAAAAGAUGAGGAGGACUGAGGGGCCCCUGGCCAUCUCUCAGGUGACAGCGACAUGACCUUGUCCCAAACUUCCCCACUGGGGCCCUUUCCUGAGCCUGCUGGUGCCCUGCUGGAACCCCGCUCCUGCCCUCGAAGCUUGGCCGAGGACUUCCUGGACGAGGAGCGUCGACUCAACACUGAGCUGGACCAAUUGCAGUUUUCCGAGCCAGUGAGCAUCGUCUACAAUCCUGUGGACUAUGCAUGGGAGCCACAUCGAAGUUACGUGACCCGCUUCUGCCAGGGCCCCAAGAAAGUACUCUUCCUGGGCAUGAACCCAGGACCCUUUGGCAUGGGCCAGACUGGGGUGCCGUUUGGGGAAGUGAAUGCUGUCCGGGACUGGCUGGGCAUUGCGGGGUCCGUGAGGCCCCCUCCCCAGGAACACCCGAAACGACCAGUGCUGGGACUGGAGUGCCCCCAGUCAGAGGUGAGCGGCGCCCGGUUCUGGGGCUUUUUCCAGAAGCUCUGUGGACAGCCUGAGGUCUUUUUCCGUCACUGUUUUGUCCACAACCUGUGUCCUCUGCUCUUCCUGGCCCCUGGUGGGCGCAACCUCACCCCGGCCGACCUGCCUGCCAAGCAGCGAGAGCAGCUCCUGAACAUCUGCGACUCUGCGCUCUGCCGGCAGGGACCAGGACAGAGCAUGGGGCAUGGAUGCUGGGAGCACGAGCUUCUGAUGGGAGCUGGAGGCUGGAGCACAGGGAGGGCAUCCAGUGUGGAUCCCAAGCAAGAAGGGCCCAAGAUCUGAAUUUUCAUCUCCCUUUGGAGGCUUGAGAAUGUCAGGGUUGGGGACAGGUUGAUGAAGCUCUCCAAGCCUCAGGAUUCUUCUCUGAAAUGGGGAGUCCCACUUCCGAGGGUUGGUAUGAGGAUUCACGAAGAUCACACGGGAAAAGUGCCUUGCACGGGGUGCUAAUUCACAUCUUGUGUUCUUGCCUCGGGGUUGAGGAGUAACUACACUACAAAGGAGCCCCUCCACUCUGCAGACCGGCUGGGCCUGGGGAGGGCCUGGGCCUUAGGUGUGGCCUGUGCCAGGGGCCAAUUCUUACCCUGGCUGAGAGGGGCCAGUAGCUAAGAAGCACAGCCUGUGGUUUCUCAGUCUAAGCAUUAAAAACUCCUAAAUCCUUUGUCCAUUUUCCCCUCCUGCACCUCAGGGCUGAAAGGAUAGCAGUUUAGAUAUUUUUCCACACCUCUUCACUGUUCUGGGGAGCUGGGGGAUGGUGUAAACAGAUUCCUGACUGCCUCCCUGGUGCUGCACGGCCUGUCAGGGCCCAGCUGGUAGCUGGUCUGCUGCUCGGGCACUGUGGGAGCCAGUGACGGUGACUCUGUCUUUAUGUCUGUUGAAUUACUCACUGGUUUGGCCUUCGAUAGGGUCAGGAUAGUGAAUGAGACGGGGAGCAGAGCAGGGCUUGAGACCACUUUAAUGAAGAACACAAGGUUGGAUUCUGACUUCUGGGACAGGUCAGCUCCAGCUUCCAAAAUAAAAUUUUUGACAUUACUCCCCCCUUCCCUGCUCCCCAACACACACGCACACAUUGCAUCAUAAUUUGGCUAAGCUCUGUCCUUGGUUUCUGGGAGGGAGCCUCUGAAUUCUUGAUGUUUCCCAAGUGACAGGAGUAGAUUUGUUGUCAUGGCGGGCCCCUCAGACUACACCUGACUGGAUGCUAAGAUUUGACUCAGGAUGAGGAGUGACUGUGCUGGAGAGACCAUGUGCUCAGGCCAGGUGAUAACCGCUUGACCUGCAGGGAAGGACGGAUCGGAGAUUGAGUUCGACCACCAUGUGAUUCUAGUCAUCUGUGCCUCUGGAAAUAAAGACACUGGUGAGCACCCGGAUGUGUCAGGAAGCGCUUUGCCCUCAUUCCACAGGGUGUGGGCAUGGAGACUGUGCCUGGGACCCUCCAGACCUUGCCCUGUGUGUAUCUUCAUGUGACUGGCAUUGAUUUGUACCGUUUCUAAUAAACUAGAGUUGAAAGUAGAGUGUU